GCCGGCGCCACGACCUGAAGCCAAAAACCCGUAGUUAACGGUAGGCUUGCUGCGGUCGUCCCAUGCUACCAUGUGUCGUGCCACAAGAAGAGCACGGGCAAAGAUCCGAUUGUCGGACGCGCAGUGGCAUGGUUCAACAUCAAGCAGGCCAUGUAUAAAAUUAAUCUGACCUCACUCUGACCCUGUGGCUCUUCGAGGCAGGGACUUUGUGGGGAGGGGAUCUCUGAGGCUGAAAAAGAAACGUUCUUAGAACAUCUUGGGAUCGAUGCCAAUGCGGCUCAGCCCAGCACCUGGAAUGGAAGGACGGGAAAAAGCAAAAAAAAAACAACAACAACAAAAAAACACUUUGCUUGUGAGGGGACGGGAUCCACAAGCGCGUGGCGCCGCAGUUUGGCUUGUGGGUAUGCGAAGUAUAUCUCAACGUACACAUACUUGCACAUGUCGCAAUGGCUUUUUUCCCUGUGAACUUGUGUUGGGGAAGCUGGUAGCCAAUCUAUCGGCGAUACAAACUAUCAAGGUUGCCGAAGAGCGAGACCAGAGCUUAUUACGAGGAGGGACUUCAGACAUGGGGGGUUACCUGUUCUGAUAUCAUGAGAUAUUUGAGAAGCAUCAGUCUUUGCUCGACAAGAUUACGACCCUACCCGGAGGUCUCGGGUCGCCCCGUGCUUUUCCAACGUCCAGUUGAGCAUCACCGAUGACCUCGGGCGUCUCCAUUCGCGGAUCUGCCAUUCUACCUCGGCCACUCCACACUCAUUUGGACUUCUUCAACACCAUCUUCUGAUUGAGGCAAUUGCAAUGUUGCGCGAUAAACGACACCUUGGACGGGCGCGCAGAAGAAGCAGGAUCCAGGGUUGGUCAGUCUUAUCGUUGCGUUGCGUUGCGACUAGACAAAACUUAAAAAAGUUUCUCUCAUUUCCCCAUAUUGGGAAAACAUUACAAACCGCGCAAUAUGCACAGUUGACAACGCGGCCCCCUCGGGCAGUGCACCAUCUUCUGAUGCUUCUUCACCUGUGCGCCAUCUUGCUUCUUCCGCCCCCCCCAAGUAUGUUCCAGGUUGUGAACAGGGGCGAACGGCAAGGAGCUAUGGCCUCCUCGGAUAGAUUGCCAUGAUGCUCAACCACCCAGGAAGUGCCCUGCAGAUACAUACAUACAGGUAAUGCUCUCCAUACUUUAUUCUCCGGUCGGCACUGUCGUCUGCUUGAAGCUCGAGCCCUUCCACUGCAUUGCAUUCUCGAAAAGGAAGAGAGCUGCUGGAGCUCCCGUCAGAGCAUGUCAUUGAUUGGACCACUUCUGAAGGUCUGAGCCGGGCAAUUUGUUUGGUCCGUACGAUGAUACCCUGAUAUUCCAAACCACGCUGAGAUACACGUGAUGUUCUGCAUCAGCUCUUCUUACUGAUCUGAUAUUGCUGGGUCAUCCCUGGCUGGAGCGGUCUCAAUCAUUAUGAUAACCCGAUUGACUUUACCGGGUGAAAUUGAGGGAUGCUACAACGGCUCUUUGUCACCCCUGUCAUCGGAUAAUGGUAUUGAAUCGGUCAUGAACGGCUUUGGCGACCUAAAACAGGUAUUGAUCUCGUCGGUAGUCAGUAGCCGGGUCUGUAUGGAAGCAAACUUCGAGGUGGAACCAAUAGGUCAAACGUGGUGGUAAUUUUUUUCUUCUCAUACGAUCUCCUCACCUCGUAUAUCUGCCCUUUCAUACCCUCUUACUCUCAUUCGUCGUGGGGCAAUCAUGGCUGUGAGCAACAAGUAUUCUUGAGAAGGGAUCCGCACCCUCUGUGAAGACCCGGCCCUAUUUGUCUGUCCCGCCGUAUAUCAGAAACAAACAGCCAUCGCCGAUUUUACUUGGCCCAGUACAAUUGAACUCGUACUCUUUUGGCGGUCUUCAUUUCACCGUCAUUGGUGUCAAAUUGUGGUAAUAGGGGCAACAUUGCGACUUUUCGAAGCCAAGGUGCAGUGUUGAAAGCGAUCCACGAUAAUUGCUCUCAAGUUACUGGCGUUGUUGUUCCCAACUUACACUUACACUUCGUUUAGUUUCUUUUCUCUUCUUUUUGCUUUUUCCAUCGAUCUCCCGUCUUGCCCGCCUCCAGAACCGAUGUCGAUGAGGGGAGCCUUGCUAGCUUGGCCACUUUUAUCGGCCCCUGGUCGCCCACAUCUAGAACGAGCAGGCAUUGACACACACAUCGUCAUCCCAAGAGAGAAGGACGUGAGAGACUGCAUCGUCAACCGCGGCGAGACGGAUAUGCAGGCCACCCUUCCCUCUGCAAGGAUGCCUUGUUUGUGUUUGCAUCAGAGAAGCUUCAUCCUGACAGACAUACAUACUCAGGCUAUUCCGAGUCAAGCUUUGCUGAUUGCCUAGUUGAUUUGAGGCUGGGAGAAGAGGCAACAAUGCAGUCAAGACAAACGCUCAAACAACCAGAAGAGGUGUCGUGCAUGAUACUAAAGAAGCAUGAAUGCUGCAGAACUGCGCAAGUGCCUGGAAUUCGUUGAUAAUGUUUCAUCUAGUUUGAAAUACGGCUGGUGUGCUAACAAUAGUUCUCUCUGCCACAACCUUUAUUCAGUCCCAAGGUUAUCUGUCGCCUCUUUCCUCCUUCUACCUCCACUCAAGAUACGCACGAGUAAAACAACCCAAAAACGCCCGCAUCCCUCCAUGACACUCACUCACACCCUCUUUUGGCAAUCUAACGGUGCUGCAGGACUCUAAGACCGAAUAGGUAAAGUGAAAGACACCAUGGACCAGACAGAGAGGGGCGCGACGAGGGGGAAACAUUGAAGCAUGAAACACUGUAAAAAAAAACAAUCCAACCGAGCAGCCAACCAUGAAAGAAGUGGCUGAUGCACAAAAAACGCCGUGGUCAACCAGUCAACUUGUGAGGAUGUGCAACUCCAGACCGGGAUGAAUAAGGGAGGGGAAGAGCUUUGCCGAGCUACAUAGUAGUCGCAAACAACACCUCUUCCCUACUCUCAGUAACAAGAAACGUUUGUGUCUUGUCGGCCCCAUCCCCAUGCAAGGCCGAGCCGCAAUGGAGGGCCGUUUCCCGCACGUACAUGGUAGGGCUAAGCAUUGGAUAAGCAAAGAGGUCGAUCGCUCACGUUUUGAAUCCCUGCCCACGCCUGUAUUGUCGAUUUCUAGGGGACGCAUGGAGAGCCUUUCCUAGCCUUUCUUUCAUGGGCCUCUGCAGUGAGUACUUCAUCGACCAGCCUUCAUGGCUUCCUUGCGGCGCUUCUUUUCUGCAGCGCGUGCGAGAGAACGCUUGACGUCGCCUUGCUCAAAGCUGUCGAUAUCGUAGUACGUAGGGGCAAUUUCCUGCAAAAAAUGUUAGUAACUGUAAAAUUGACUCAAGGUGCUCGUAAUGAAACGAGAGUCAUCUGGGACUAUCACUUACCAACAGCCACUCAGGUCGGAUACCCGUACAUGUUCGGAUGUAUUGCUUGGACGUCAAGACAAACUCGUUGUAGAGGACCCAGUCGAACUCGGUACGGAGGACAGUUGAAGGGUGAAUUAGCACAGCCUGGUCGUCCUUGACAGUGCGAUAGAGCUUGCCAGAGCUCUCCUUCAUGGCGACCUGCAUGAAGAAACCGGCGAGCAGUGCGCGUCGAAUGUUGGUAUAGUAGUUUUUGUCCUCAAACGGUGUUGACACAAGCUCCAAGCCAUGCGUCUCCAUGAUGCGCUUGAGCUGAGCGCGAACGUUAUCCGCACUCGAGAGAUGUCGGAAGGAGAGGAAGUGCUCGUGGCACCACUGCUUUGCACUGUUGGGGUCGGAUGUUGCCUGGCCCUUGAAAGCGUGAUAGGCGUUGAGCAGGGUGAGGUGGUCACCAUCGGGAUGCGCAAAUUGAGCCUUCAUCUCAUCGGCGCGCUUUCGGUUGUUGGCAGGGCGAGUGAAGAUUUGAGGAACUGAGAGAAGCGAGGUAAUAGAGAGAAUCUCGUUCGAGCAGUAGAACUCGGGAGACGAGAUAAGCAUGACCGCCAGAGCGGGAUCAAGGGGGAAUGCUGAGGCCAUGCUGCCGAGAGUGGUCAGCUCACCAUCGUCGUCCAGACAGGCAAGAUAGUUGAGCUCCUCAAGGGCGCGCAUCAUGGUCUCGGGAGCAGGGGGGUCCAUAAGAUCGAAGUGGACAAGAUCCUCCACACCAAGCUUCUUGAGCUCCAGAACGGUGUUGGCGAGGUUGGAGCGCAGAAUCUCGGGAUAUGUUUGCUCAAUAAGCUCCUUCUUGAAGGCCUUCUCGGUGUACAGACGGAAACACUUUCCGGGCUUGGUACGACCAGCACGACCAGCACGCUGCUGGGCUGAAGCCUUGGAGAUGGGUGAGACAAGGAGAGACUCAACACGGAUACGAGGGUUGUAGAUCUUCUGCUUGCUAAACCCGGGAUCCACGACAUAGACGAUACCGUCGAUAGUCAAACUAGUUUCGGCAAUAUUGGUAGAAACAAUGACCUUGCGACCAGGACGACCGCCCUUGCGAAUAGGCGCAGGGGCCUUGUCGAAGAUGCGCUGUUGCUGGUGGGGAGGCAGGGUACCGUACAGAGGGUAAACGGCGAGAGGACCAGCGUCGACCUCGCGCAUCAGCUCAUCAGCCUCGAGACUGAUCUUGCGACAAGCGUCCUCAAUCUCGUCUUCACCUGUAAGGAAAAGCAAAACAUCACCCUCAGGCUCUGAAGCGUGAAUCUGGAGAACGGUUCUUAUGGCGGCCUCGACGUAAUCGCGCUCAGGCUCGGGGGUGUAGAAGAUCUCGACAGGAUGUGUUCGACCGGGGACGGCGAGCAGGGGCGCAUCGUUGAAAUACUUUUGGAACUUUUGAGCAUCGAGGGUAGCAGACAUGAUGAUGAUCUUGAGGUCGGGGCGGCGCAUAGAAAUCUGCUUGAGUAGAGCCAUGAGAAUAUCGGUCGCGAGAGUACGUUCGUGAGCCUCAUCGAGAAUAAUACAACUGUAGCGAGACAUCUCGUGGUCGUGCAUGGCCUCACGCAGAAGCAUACCAUCAGUCAUGUACUUGAGCAUAGUCUUAGGACCUGUCAUGUCCUCGAAACGAAUGCUGUAACCAACUUCCUCGCCCAGGGUGACGUCCAUCUCGUCGGCGACACGCUGCGCGACCGACAUGGCGGCGACUCGACGUGGCUGGGUACAGGCGAUAAGCUUGCCGGUAAGAUGCGGUAGCUCGUCGUAGACGACAUACUGAGGAAUUUGAGUAGUCUUUCCAGAACCUGUCUCACCGACAAAGACGAGAAUCUGUGUUGAGUGGUACUUGUCCAAAAACUCUUGUCGUUGCUUGUGGACAGGCAGAUCGCGACGGCCCUGGAGAAUCUGGAAGUACUUUUGCGAAUGAGGCCGGCCGGUGAAAGGGUUCGACUCAGAGUCCUCAGCUUUUGAGGCCUGGGCAGCGGUAGUAUGCUGCCUCUUCAUACCAGUGAGAGGAGACUCUGGCGAAGGCUCUGCGCCAUGACCAUUGCUAUUACCGUUGUCGUACAUGUGAGCGAGGUAAGGGUUGUAUUUCUCGUCCUCACCGUCCUUCUUGGCCUUCUUUCGCGUGGAUUCGUCGGCGUCGGCGCUUGAACGCUUUCCUCCCUUGAUAUCGGACAUUAUUUUCGGUGAAUGACAGGGAGAGGAGGUGAGAGAAAGUGGCGAGGCUGAAGCGGAAGGCCGUGGUGUUUUUGUUUUCUGCUAAUGCUAGAAAAUUUUGGCGGGACCUUCUAGGCAG